GUAAGAAAAACCCUGACGGCCUUAUGAAUGUGGAAGGGCUGGCAAAAGAGUGGGAUGCCAGUGAAGGACUUAGGGAGCGGGUGAGGGCUGGUGCUGACCUUCUUCACGAAGACAGUGGAAAGGGAGAAGACAUUCCCACAGUUGUUCUCAACAAGGAUCUCAUUAACGAAAACUUCCAGUACCUUUGCCUGAUCUUACGCCCAGAGCUGCAGGACUCUUCGGAACCCGAGGGAAAGAAGGAAGAUGGUUACCAGACGAGUAGUUCAUCGGAUUCAAGCUCUGAUUCAGAGAGUGAAGAAGACAACAAGACGGCAAAGACAGAACCAUUGGAACCGAGCAAUGCAAACAGCACAUGCAGCAACAAGCAAGCGCAGAAAGAGAAGAAGACUGAAGAGACGAAGACUGAAGAAAAGAAGGAGAAUGCAACCAUCACUGCAGAAACAGCAGCGCCAGCGCCUGCCAGUGCAAGCCAGCCGCCGCUGGAAACGAAACCGCUCGAGUUGCCAAUCUCUGACGAGAAGAGUACCAAACAGCGCCAAGAAUUGGAAAAGCAAAGGGAGCAAAUCAAGGCGAAGCUGGAAGAGAUCAAGAGAAGAAAGGCCAUGAGUGCAGAGAAGCCUGACCCAGCAGCAUCGUUACCACCGCCAAAGGAGACCAAAAAAGGUGAGAAACCAGGAAAUCAUCCCACUGCAAAGCCAGACCAAGCUGAAACGCAGCCAGUUGACAUCACGUCGCUUAGCCCGCCUGCCUCCACACCUGAUGGAAUAGAUUCCCCUGGUGAGACGACAGAGGUCAAGCGGAUCAAGUUUCAAAAGGCGAAGAAAGUUACCGACCCCAAUGAGAAAGACCAUCAGUUCACAGAGAGCGAGGGUGUACCAGCCGCAAGUACCAGCCGCGCGAGACAGCUCGAGCUCAAGGCCAAGGACAAGGACAACUCUUCUGGCCGUGGAAGGGGUAGAGGACGUGGGAGGGGUAGAGGUGGACAUGGCAAGAGGAAGGAUGCUGAAAAUCAGGCAGGUGAGGAUGAGCAAACACCACAACCCAAGAGUUCCAAACCCAAGAAGGAGAAACACGAAAAUUGGCAAUGGCUGGAUCCCCGGGAAAACAACUGGGAGGAAUGGGACCUUGAGACUUGGGCUACUCAUGCAUCGGAUGCUGACUACUAUGCUUGGGCUGAUUCCCAACAAAGCCUUGCACAGAUCACCAAGGAGUACAAAGCAAAAGAGACAACUCAAACAGAAACAGCUGGAUAUGAUGAUGGCCAGGUGGCAGCAGACAAGAGCAGCAUCAAGCCCAAAUCCACCAAGCGUAAGAGAUUGAAUGCGGAUGAUGGCAACAGCAGCAAGCAUGGCAAAGGCAGAAAGCAGGAUGCACACCCACAGGCAUCAGCAGGAUCAGAACCAAAACGCAGCAAGGCUGACAAGGAAAAGAAAAAGAAAGAUAAGAAAGACGACAGCAAGAAAGGCGACAGCAAGAAAUGUGACAAAAAACACAGUGACAAGAAAGGUGACAACAGCAAGAAAUGUGGCAAGAACAAGACAGUUGUUGCUCAAAUUCCCGAGAACAAGGCUGAGUUGUUCAAACUCGUGGUGCGUGCUGGCAAAGGGUUUUUGAAGCAGCAAGAGCACAGUCAUGCGCAACUAGAGAUCAAAGAAUCUUUGAACAAGGGAAUCCAACAGUGCCGACUCAACAUUUACUGGAACCGGGCGGCUGUGGGACUGCACUCCAAAAAAGAUUCCUGUGACUUUGCCUACUACCGCUUUCCCGUCUUCGAUGUGAACUAUGCCACACAAAUGGCAGUUGUUGUGAAGGUGGGUGAACUUUUGGCAGCAUGCUACGUGGACAACAUUGCUCCGGAGAUUUUACCUUCUGAAAGCAUUGGCAAUCAUCCGAAAGUGGUCUCAAUGAAAGACUUACUCAAAACAGUUGGCACCGAGUUCGCUCUAUGCCUCAUGCUCAUGAUUUGGACCUACGACAUCGAGGAGGAAUUUCAAUGGCUCGAGUUCUUCGCAGGCGUGGGAAAUUUGACAAAGAUGAUGAAGGCUUCGAACUACCGCAGCAUGCGGUUUGACUUGGAAGACAACAGUCGAACGUGGUCACUGGAGCAACCGGAUGGAAGCGUUUUGAUGUUCUACCCGAUUUACCCCAUGCAAUUCGCUGGGGCUGUGACCGACUUGGUGGAGAAGAUGAAGGCAUCUUGCAGCGGUCAACCUGAGGCGCCGCCGGACCAGCCUGCCUCGUCCGACUCUCUGGUGGGAAGCAGCUGCGGCACCUUGGGUGAUGGCUUGGCAUUUGUUGAACAGGAGGUGCUAGGUCAGAAAUAUGCACUUCUAGAAGAUGAUGAGAAAGAACUUCAGCGGCAGCUAGAGGCAGACACCGCUGAUGCUGCUCCAGUCGAAGCACAGGAUACACAGCCGGUCAUGGCCUCAGCCCGUGCAACACCCGAAGAGAUUGCAGCUUUUGCAGGGAAGAUGGAACCUGUCCCUGCCUUGGUGGCAUCUGGAUCCGCAGAUGCUGUUGGCAACGACGGCCAACCACCUGUAGUGCCUUCACCUACCACACCAGCUGAGUCAGUUGCUGAGUCCGAGCCCACGGAGAUGCCCCCACCAGCAGUACCACCAACGCACACACCACAAGCACCAGCCGAGCCAGAGAAGACUCCAGAACAGAGAGCCGAUGCUGACAUCCCGGGUCCCAAUGGAACAUCUCGCAAGGAUCUGAAUGCCCCUGAGUGGGUUCUCAACGAGUGGAAAACUGGUGAUCGCAAUUCUCUGGCAGACAUGUUUGUCAACGAGAAUUUUGACAAAGCUCGCUUCGUCAACAAGUUGCAGGUGAUUGUGCGCAAACGUCAGGCUGUGGAAUUGACUGUUGAUGAGGGCUGGUACUCAGAGCAAGAGAUGAAGGACGAUCUUGGCUGGGCUCAGACAUGUCCUCAGACUACUUCUCAUGUUCCCUUCAGGAAACGAAUCGAUGGGGCCAUGAAACGGUGCAAAGAGCUUGGGGAAGGCUUCAAGAGGACCAACGACUACGAUGGCAUAGAGGAGUAUUGGGUCAAGGUCUCUGAGCGUGGCAAAAGGAAGGCUGAAACCAGCUUCGAAGAGAACCACGUUAAGGAAUCUGAGGCGACCGGGGAUCCAGAAGUUCCCACAGCUGGUUUUCUGAGCAUGCAAUCCCUCGAUGCCUACAAAGAGAGGACUGAAAGUGCAUGCAAGAAGGAAGUUGAUCACCCGAAAGCAAAUAAGUAUGAGCAGUCCAAAGAAGCUCUUCGUUCCGUGAUGGCUUCCAUGUUGAACAAGAUUGGCAAGAUCCGCUCUCUCAUCAAGGAAUGCUCUGACAAGUAUGCUGACGAAGCUUCCACCAAGGCCAUCAAAGACUUGGAGAGCCACGCCAAGAACAUGGACAUGCAGUAUGACAAGUGCCAGGAGGUGUGGUGCAAUGGUGAAUCCGUGAAAUUCACUGGAGAAACGUGUUCCAAGGCCACGGCUGCCGAGAUGAAAGCCAGGAACUUCAAGAAGUACUGGAACAAGAAGGAUCCCACCAAGCCCGACAAGCUGCCAAAGACCCAGAAGGUUCCCAAGGAGGACAAGCAGACUGAAACGAAAAAACGUAAGGCAGCAGAUAAGGAGAAAAAGGAAAAGAAACAUAAGAAGGAUGAUGGUCAUGACACGGAGAAAAUCGGACCUAAGUCCAAAAAGGUGAGCCAGGACAUGCCCUCACCACAGCAAGCCAAGAAAUUAGCCAAGGGGACGAAGUGGUACCAUUUCCAUGGAAAACUCACACCGUUGCUGACAGUGAUUGCAGUGGGCAACUGCCUGCCUGGAUGUAGAAAUGUCAAGCUCGGUGGGGACACCGUCAAGGACCACAUGGCCUCGGAGAUUUCCAUGUACAUGACCUAUGUUGUGUACAAGUCUUUCAAGUUUCCACCGCCAGUCAUGCCACAGA